AUUCGUAUCGCGAAGAAUUUGACGACUUGCAUUGACCGACGUUCGCAUUUCUUAGAUACAUCAAAACGAGAGUGAAAGAUCUUUUUCAGUUAUAAAUUAAAUGAAAUUUCCUUUGUUGUAUAUGGUGUGUAAUAAGUCGCUCAAAAGAUCAUAUGAUGCGCGUUAUAUGUUAUAUUUACCACGGAUCGUUAUCAAGUGUGUGUACGUAUGUAUCUUUUCUUUUCCAUUCUUCGUUUCUUUCGAUUGAAAAAUGGACUGAACAUGACGGUUUAUGACAUGAAAAAAUUUCAUUUACUACGGUGAUACAUACUAUUUUAGUAAAUGGAAAAAAUAACGUUUAAUAAAUUUGUUCAGGCCAUGUAGUAAAGAGGUUAGUGGCCCGUAGUAUGUGGCGCGCAAAAUUGUCGGGUGUCACUAGUGGCGCUGCUGUGUUAUUGACCAUUUUGCUAUCCUUAUCGAAAUUCAAAGAGGGAAGAUGAUGGCGACGACGAUGACAGGGUACAAUGCGGCGGGGUGCUUUGAAUACUAAGAUGAUCUUGAAGAUCGAUGUUGAAUAUUUUUCCUGUGUGUGGAAUAGAAACUGACGAUAUGGUAAAAUCACAGUUGCCACUAUUAGUGGUUCCUCUACAAUUUGGCCGUAAUAGUGAAUAAAAAGAUGCAGUAUGGCUUCGAUACUCUACUGGCAUGCUUCUGGGAAUAAUUUGAUUUCUGCUGCUUUUAUCUUAUUCUUACUACUUUGUCCUCGCAGCAGUACAGAGUGCGAUCAGAAGUUUAUAAGUACGCCAGAUGGUCCAUCAAAUGGAACCUUUCAUGCUCCGACGAUAAUUAACCCCGAAGGGGAUUCCAGACAAUGCGUAUAUAUAUUUUUCGCUGGGCCGCGACAACGAGUUGAAUUGAAAUUCAAUUCAUUCGGCCUUCGGGGUACACCACCAGAUGGAUCCGCUGUUGGGGAGUUACCCGCUUGUGGUCACGAAUAUAUGGACUUGUACACGGAAAUACGAUCGGAGAAUACCAGCAAGUUGGUGGAAACUCCUUUCGGUGGUCGUUUUUGUGGUCCGAUCCCACCUCGCAGGCGUGUGUCUCUUUAUCAGGGAAUCGCUCUUAGUUUCUACACUGAUAAAAAUAUUACGUUCCCUAGCCUGUUCAGCGGUACAUAUGCGUUUAUCAAUGCAUCUGAAUACGAAGUGGGAACCCCAGCUCCUAGCACACCAUGCUCAUUCAAGGUAGAGUCAGAAAACAAACGCAACGGCAGUAUAUUAUCUCCUACUUAUCCGGGCACAUAUCCGAAAGGUCUUACAUGCAGUUAUAAAUUUAUCGGAGUACAAGGUCAACGAGUACGCCUUGAGUUUCGAGAUUUCGAUUUGUUCUUUGGAGGUCAACAUUGCCCCUUAGAUUAUCUAAAAGUGUACGAUGGUUUAGACAAUACGUCGGCUGUUAUCGGAACAUAUUGUGGUCAACAACGAAAUUUGGUAUUAUAUUCAUCAGAGUCUAGUUUGUACGUACUGUUCGUUACACUUCAACGUACAGCGAACACACAAAAUCGUGGAUUCAAGGGUAUCUUUGAAUUCUCUGAGAGUUUCGUUAAAUUAGACUUCAUCACCACUUACGAGGGUGAGCAUAUACGAGGAUCAGAGUGCGAUCAGAAGAUAUUGAGUAAAAAGGAAUCAUCUGGAUUCGUGGUUAGCCCAAACUAUCCAUUUCCAUAUAUACCAAAGGUUGUGUGUCGGUAUUUCAUUUAUGGAAUGCAAGAUUCCCAGCAUCUUGAACGUGUUCGAUUAGAAUUCAGACAAUUCAAAAUACCAAAAAAUAAGACGAUAGGAGAUUCAUCCUGUACCGAUGGAUAUUUGAAGUUGUAUUUGAAAGGACAAGAAGCAACAGAUUCUUACGAUAAAUUCGAUUACGAAUUGUGCGGUUCGGAGAGCAAUCCGAGCCCUGUAGUUAGCGAUGGUCCAAGACUCGUGAUGGUAUUUAGCAGCGGAGAAUCUCAAGGACAAGGCUUUAAAGCAUGUUACAGUUUUGAGACAGAGUAUAAGAUACCGGGCACCGCGGCACCCGAUGGCAGCUGCACUUUCACGUACCACAGUUCCUCUCGCAAAAAAGGAGAUUUUAAUUCUCCGCGACAUCCUAGUAAUUAUCCAAGCAACACAAAUUGCACAUAUGUUUUCAUAGCUACGUCAAACGAACAAGUUACCUUAAUAUUUGAUUAUUUUAAAGUUCGAACGAAAAAUACGAAUAUGACGACCGGACAUUACGGAGUGGAAAUUUGUCAAGAUGAUUGGUUGGAGAUAUAUAAUACGUAUCGAGAUAAUACGGAAAAAUUAAUAGGUAGAUAUUGUGGUAGUACGGCUCCGGGACCGGUAGAAUCAAAUCUCGGUGCUCUCGGCUUAAAAGUGAUUCUGCAUUCGGAUUCUGAGUUGGUUUAUAGCGGUUUCAAAGCGCGUUACACGUUCGCAGUAGCGAAACCUAUUUUUGGAGAUUGCGGAUCGAAUAUAAGCAGUGUGAAUUAUGGAGUCAUUGCUAGUCCGAAUUACCCAAACAAAUACGAUGGACCCGCAAGAAAUCUGGCUAGUAAAACUUGUAAUUGGUUUAUAAGAGUCCGACCGAAUCAGCGAAUAUUAUUACACUUUGAAACAUUUUCGGUAGAGGGUGAUCAAUCAGUUCGUGGUUGUCCUGCUGCGGUGCUGCGCAUAUGGUAUUCCGCAUCGUCCACGCCUAUCGAAAUGUGUGGUAUUCAAACUCUAGACAAAAAUUGGACUUACCUCUCUGUGGACAAUAACAUGCGACUUAGCUUCAUAUUGGCUGAUAAAGCGGUUGGACAAAUGGGAUUUAAAGCAACGUGGACCGAAGUGAGCACAAAUACCGACUGCCAGAAUCAGUUUCUUUGUGGCGAAAAUAAAUACUGCAUUGCAGAGUCACUUCGGUGUAAUAACAUUCGUAAUUGUGGCCCAAACGACACUACAGAUGAAGAAAAUUGUGAUAUAGUUGUACAGACGAAUAAUUACGCUGUUCCCGCGGGUGGUGCCAUCGGUGCUGUAUUGAUAGCAUUGAUCGUUUGUCUUUUGUGUCAUCGAGAACUAAGAAGACGAGUUCAAACUGUGCAUCUUGACGAUCUGCGUCAUCGCAUAGACGAGAGACAUCGAUGUUAUCAUAAUGAAGAUCUUCUUCAACAUCAUCACCACUUUCAUCAUCAUCACCAUCAACACCAGCAUCAAUAUCAGCAACAGCAACAACAGCAACAACACUAUCAAGAUUUGACUAGUGAUUCAAGAUAUCACCUAGAAUCAUCGACUAGUCCAAUGAGCGAGAGCGAUGUCGAGGAAGCCAGCAGUCUCAACAGUGUGUGACACAUUGUGUCAUAUUAUUCGAACUCUGUUUGUUACCUUAUUCUAUUCACGUUACAGUUAUAUUAAACCACUGAAACGUCGCGUUUUUACCUCAUUUCUACCUCAUUUGUACUCAUCUUCCGAGGAUCAGUUAACUACUCCAUUUUCGCGUUUAACGAGGCGUUUCAUCAUAACGAUACAAUUAUCAUCGAUAUGCGCAAAAGAAUCUUCGAAUAAGCUUCAACUUGCUCCAAUUUUAUCAAGAUUAGCCUAUAUUCGAAUAAUAAAAAUCAUGUAUGCAUUUUUUAGAAUGAUUCAUUGUAUGUCAUUCUGUAACGCACGAUUUAUUUUCUUGUAGACGUAUGGCUGAACGCAAUUUGCAUACCUUUCCCCGUUUUCCUUUUUUUAAAGCUUCGACUCCAUUCAAAAUACAUGAGCGUAUUUUUAAUAUCUAUAAUUAUUGAUGCAAUAUAUAGGAUCGUAUACAGAGAAACAUAAAGAUAAAAACGCAACAAAUAGCCGAGCUGUAAUUCGGCAAUAAUUUGAAUGGAAAAUAAAUCGUUGCAUCAGUUGUGUUUCAUUGAAGAUGGAGUGAAAGAAAUGAAAAGGUCCGGUUAUUGUUAACGAUAUUUCCGAAGCUCCUGAUACUCCAAAAGAAUAAGUAAAAUAUAUUUUUACUUCUAGUUAAUUAGAUUUAUCGUUAUUGUUACGUUAAUGCGUUGUCAUUGACACCUUUAUCUUAUAUUUAGCCGAACCCACGGGCAAAGUAUGGUUGAAGUAAUAACAUUACGUUAUAUUCGUAUCUGGUUGAAAUGUUCGAUUAUAUAGAAGAACAUGUUACCACAUGCAUCCUUCCCUUGCGUAAUCCGUUCACGUAGCAUGUAACUAGUUGUACGCAACGCGCAUACAUAUUUUACACAUGCGAGAACGUGAUCAUUUCACAAAUAGUACCUACGCAGUUUGUUUGUAAAUGUUAUUUUUUUAGUUUUAAGCAUAUACAAUUAUCGAGCGAUAAGAUCUGUAGCUUGAAAUGGCCAGUUCAAGUUUACGUAGUUGCGUCCUAUUUCUUGGUGUGAUGAGUAAUAUACAUACAGUGGUUUCAUAAAUCACGAUAUGUA